CAAAUUAGUUGAUAUCAAAGGGGGAGAGUACCGAGCACGAGUGAGGCCGAAGGUUGCGAGUCCACCCCAGCAUGGAGUCCGCCGCCCCGGCAUCAUGCGAGCAGACUGAGAAGGCAAAGAAAUAUGACCGCCAGUUAAGACUGUGGGGUGACCAUGGACAGUCACUGCUGGAGAUUGGACAUGUAUGCCUCAUUAAUGCUAGUGCAACAGGAACAGAAACUCUGAAGUCACUAGUAUUGCCAGGCUUGGGAGCAGUGACUAUAAUUGAUGAUGCUAAGGUUGCUCCUCAGGAUACUGGUAACAAUUUCUUUGUGGAUUUAGCAAGCAUCGGGCGACCACGAGGGGAGGUGGCUCUUCGCCUCUUGCUGGAGCUGAAUCCUGAGGUGCGAGGGACAUUUGUGGACCAGCCUCUUCAGGAAAUUCUGGACAACCAGCCAGAAUUUUUCUCACCAUUUACAUGUGUUAUUGCAACAUGUUUGCCAGAAAGCACACUUCUCACUCUCUCCAAAGUAUUAUGGGAUGCCAAAAUCCCAUUGGUCGUGGUUCGGAGCUAUGGCAUGAUUGGUUAUAUUAGAAUACAGAUUGAAGAGCACACAGUGAUAGAGAGUCAUCCGGACAAUGAGAUUCCUGACCUGCGGCUGGACCGGCCUUUCUCUGCCCUGGAAAAGUACAUGGAUAGUCUUGAUCUGGAUGGAAUGGAUGACAAGGAACAUUCACAUGUGCCCUAUGUUGUUAUUCUUUACAAGUUUUUGCAAAAAUGGAAUCAGGAACAUGGAGCACCACCAAAGAAUUACAAAGAAAAGAAAUUGUUUAUUCAGCUCCUUAAAACUGGAAUGAGAGAAAAACAAAGUGGUGAAAAUGAGGAGAAUUUUGAUGAAGCCAUUAAAGCAGUAAAUACAUCUCUACUACCCACCUCCAUACCAAAUGGAGUGCAAACUCUUCUUAAUGAAGCAGCAAACAUCACACCAAGCCCCACCACCAAGCCUUUCUGGAUCAUGGCUAGAGCCCUGCAUGAGUUUGUGUCCUCUGAAGGCCGAGGAGUGCUGCCUGUCAGAGGCACAAUUCCAGAUAUGACAGCAGAUUCUGAAAAAUACAUCAAAAUACAAAGUUUGUACCGUGAUCAAGCAGCACAGGAUGCCGACUGGGUGCUGCGGAGAGUGCAGGAACACAGUCAGCAGCUUGGUCCUCGGAAAGUCAUGCCAUCUUUAGAAAAUGAUGUGAAGAACUUUUGCAAGAAUGCACAUGCACUUCGAGUCAUAAAAGGCAAACCAAUUGUGGAAGAAUAUAAGGGCAGCAUCAAUCUCAGUGAAAUAGGUGCACAUCUGGAAAAUCCAGAGAGUGAUCUGGUGUGGUAUGUGAUGCUUCGUGCAGUGGAUCAGUUUCACUCAGAGUUUCGGGCAUACCCUGGUUAUUUCCAAGAUCAAGUGGAGACUGAUAUUGUGAGGCUAAAGGUAUGUGUGAAUAGAUUACUUGCUGACUGGGGGUGUGGUCCUAUUGUAAAGGAUGACUUCAUCCAUGAGAUGUGUCGCUAUGGAGCGUCAGAGGUGCACUCUGUUGCUGCUUACAUGGGUGGGUGUGCUGCUCAGGAGGUCAUCAAAAUAAUCACUGCACAGUAUGUUCCCAUUAAUAAUACUCAUAUUUAUAAUGCUAUAGCAGCAACUUCAGGAACCUUCAUGUUAUGAUUACCACAUCCAUGUUUUAGACAGUACUCUUUAGUUCGAAAAUACAUUCACAUAAUAUAUAUAGCACUUUUUGUACAUUAUUUAGCUUUUUUUUUUAUCAAUUAUUGCAAUUAGCAGCUUUAAAAAUCAUAAUGAUCUGAGAGAGCAAAUACAUGAAAUAAGAAUAUAGUGGAACAUUGGUUCUUGAACUGAAUUCAUUGUUGAAUGCCAUUCAAAAUUUUAACUUUUCAUAAACCAAACCAUUUUUUUCAUGGGAAUCAGUGUGUCAUGAAACACCAGAUGAAGGUCUUUUAGACUUAAAAAAACAAUACUUUGGGCUUAAAUUUGUACAGAUAAGUCCCAUUAUAUAAGUAAUGGAUUUAAAAGAAACUGAUGAAACUAGAUGAGUAAAUUAGGGAUUCAUUAUACAAGUGAGAAAACUGAUGGUAUGAAAAUCAGUUUAGAGCAGGGGUUCUCAACCUUUUUCUUGUUAAGAACCCCCUGUUAUAAGACCAUCUACUCAAACCCCCAGUAAUAUGACAUCACACAAAAUGUUAAUUUAAUGACUGAAACUAAUUCAAUAUGCAAUGGUACAGCAAAGAAUGUUAUUUGAUUAGCCAUCUAAGUAUCCCUAGAAAUCCUCUUGUGAACCCUUGGGGUUUGCAAACCCCAGGUUGAGAACUCCUGGUUUAGGGGAAGUAAAAGUAAUGAAGAUCAUGUGGGAGACUUAUAGCUCAUUCAUUCCAACAAAUGCAGCUCCCACUGUUUUAUCUCAAGGCUCAGAAAGUAAAGACUGCACAGCUGGGGAAUGGCAACACAGUAUCACCACUCCCCAACACUUGAUUAAUCAGUCAUGCAGUAUAGAUGAGUGAUAUGCUUAUUGUAAUAAUUUGCAAGUAAACAAAGGAUAAAGUUGUCACAUAGUUUGUUUAAGAACCAAAUUACAGUACUAUAACUGAAGCAAUUUUGAGCUCAUAAUUCUUUUUCAUGAAUUGAUUUGUUUGAAAAGGGAGCCAGCCAUUCAGUGACUGAGGUUUCAUCAUAUGUUAAACCAAUCCAAAGAUGAUAAUUUUGUCAUAUUUCAUUGUGGCAUAUUUGUUCACAACAUUAUUGAACAAUCUGGUAUGUUUUGAAGGAUUGCAUAGUCUGACCAUAGUAACAUGACAUACAAGUGUUGCGCCAUCCAUUGUUGGGGCUAAAAUUUAUUAUUUAGAAAGAAGGAAUGUUAUGCUGUAUGUCAUUGCUUUCUGUGGCCUGAACACAUGGUUUAUGAGCUAUUCCAUUUAUGUAUUCUUUGUGUUCUUUUGCCAAUAUAAAAGAAAAUUGAA